UUCGUUUUCAAAAGGGCGAGAGAGGUGGGAGAGAAAGGAAACCAGAGAGAGAUAGAGAAACGCCUUUCUCUCUCAAAAAUAAAAUAAAAUACAAACAUCAUCGCCUCUGUACCUUUGUUGAUACAGGAUCCGUUAAAGCUAUAGAGCCAUGGCUUCCGACUCCUUCACCGACAGAAACGCCAUUUUCCGCAAGCUCAGGGCCAAGUCCGAUAAUAAGAUGUGUUUCGAUUGCAACGCAAAGAAUCCGACUUGGGCGUCCGUUCCGUAUGGGAUCUUCCUGUGCAUUGAUUGUUCGGGGGUUCAUCGAAGCCUUGGCGUGCAUAUCAGCUUCGUGAGGUCAACAAAUAUGGAUUCUUGGACACCCGAGCAGUUAAAGCUGAUGUAUUUUGGUGGAAAUAACCGUGCUCAAGUGUUUUUCAAACAGCAUGGAUGGAGUGAUGGAGGAAAGAUUGAGGCCAAAUAUACCUCAAGAGCUGCUGAGUUGUACAGACAAUUACUUGCUAAAGAAGUUGCGAAAAGUAAUGCAGAAGAGGCAGGCUUACCUUCCUCGCCCGUUGCUUCCCAGUCAUCCCAACCUUCUAAUGGAUUUUCUGAUGUCAAAGUCGCCGAAGAGCCCAAAGGAGGUUCUUCAAAUGACACACUGAAAGAAAGCCAAUCUCUGAAAAACGGAACACCUGAGUCUUCUUCUUCCUCACCUAGGGCCUCCCAAGCAGCUUCAACAAUUUUUGUCAAGAAGACUCUUGGUGCAAAGAAAACUGGAAAGUCUGGUGGGCUAGGUGCUAAGAAACUCACAAGCAAGCCUAGUGAAAGCCUUUAUGAACAGAAGCCUGAUGAACCACCUGUACAAGUUUCUUCUGCCAAAUCUUCAACCAGAAGCACUCCUGCAGUUGGUGCAUCAUUUACAUCUCGAUUCGAGUAUACUGAAAAUGGCGAACCUACUGAGAUGAGUUCCGGAGGCACUCGUAUUAUUAACCAUGUAUCAGCUCCAAAGUCAUCCAAUUUCUUUGCUGAAUAUGGCAUGGACAGUGGCUUCCCUAAGAAAAGUGGUUCAAAUUCGUUAAAAGUCCAAGUUGAGGAGACUGACGAAGCAAGGAAGAAAUUUACUAAUGCAAAAUCUAUAUCAUCUGCCCAGUUCUUUGGUAAUCAAACCAACGCUAAAGAUUUGGAGGCAUCAGCUACAUUGGUGAAAUUCUCAGGAUCAUCAUCAAUUUCUAGUGCCGAUCUGUUUGGUCAUGAGUCUGGUUCUCCUGUUGACAUUUCCGCCGGUGAGCUCAUUAAUAAGCUGUCCUUCCAGGCACAACAUGAUAAGCAUAUAAGAUAGGAAGCCCUAACUUAACCCAAAACCAUGGUCAAAGGUAAAGGGUUGACUCCCUAUUAUAUGCUAUUCCACACUUUCGUGUGAAACCGAUGUGGGAUCGUAUCAAUCCAUCCCUCUUUUAAACCGGACGUCCACGGACGGCACACGCCACGGGCCCACCAUCCGCUUUACGGCCCUUUUUCCUUUCGGGCCCACGUUUCUUCGGUGGCACCCCUUGGUCACACCUACGGGUAGCCCCUUUCCGUAGGACAUCCGGAUCCACGUUCACCGCACCAAAUUGAUAAGCAUAUAAGAUAGGAAGCCCUAACUUAACCCAAAACCAUGGUCAAAGGUAAAGGGUUGACUCCCUAUUAUAUGCUAUUCCACACUUUCGUGUGAAACCGAUGUGGGAUCGUAUCAAUCCAUCCCUCUUUUAAACCGGACGUCCACGGACGGCACACGCCACGGGCCCACCAUCCGCUUUACGGCCCUUUUUCCUUUCGGGCCCACGUUUUUUUCGGUGGCACCCCUUGGUCACACCUACGGGUAGCCCCUUUCCGUAGGACAUCCGGAUCCACGUUCACCGCACCAAAUUGAUAAGCAUAUAAGAUAGGAAGCCCUAACUUAACCCAAAACCAUGGUCAAAGGUAAAGGGUUGACUCCCUAUUAUAUGCUAUUCCACACUUUCGUGUGAAACCGAUGUGGGAUCGUAUCACAACAAGAUAUCUCCUCUCUAAAGAAUAUGGCUGGAGAAACUGGGAAAAAGAUAAGCUCCCUUGCGUCUUCGUUGCUAACGGAUCUGCAGGACAGAAUCCUCUGAAGAGUACUCCUUAACAAUGUAUUUUACAUGAAAAACGAGUUUGUUCGAGUACCUGCCCCAUAUUUUAUGUAGUUAUAAAUGUAAAAAGAGCAUUACUUUGAAAAGCUGGGUCAUGAUCUGUAGUAGCCCUCAUGGGCUUGAGAUAUAUGUGCUGUUUAGUUACAGAAAAUGCUUCGACAAUGCUAAAUGCUAUUUUUGGGUUUA